ACUCUACGUUGGUAGGACUUAUUGGGGAGGCUUUCGCGUAAUUUCUUCACUGCCUGCUUUAUGUACUCAUCUUGAUCAGGAGAAGUUGUGGUCCGUCACUUCACAGUGCCCUCAGACGUUUGCUGGAAGUCGGUGCAAAAGGACAAUUCUUUGGUUGCAUUUUUAAGUGUUGGAGUUUUGUUGUAGAUUGCAGUACUCGAUUAAGUUUGUUUAGUGUUAAUAUUUAUUCGAUUAUACUGUUGGAUAACUACUAGCGGAACAACAUGUUGAACACAGGAAAACUUGCCGGCAGAACGCUUUUCAUCACCGGAGCGUCCCGAGGAAUUGGCAAAGCGAUCGCCUUGAAGGCGGCCCAGGAUGGAGCAAACAUAGUGGUGGCCGCUAAGACGGCAGAACCACACCCGAAACUGCCUGGAACCAUCUACACGGCGGCGGCGGAGAUCGAGGCGGCUGGUGGCAAGGCUCUUCCCUGCGUGGUUGACGUCCGCGAUGAGAAUGCCGUUCGGGCAGCGAUCAAGAGUGCCGUGGAAAAGUUUGGCGGCAUCGACAUCCUGGUCAACAAUGCUAGCGCUAUCUCGUUGACACCCACCGAGCAGACCGACAUGAAGCGUUAUGACCUGAUGCACAACAUCAACACCCGAGGCACGUUCUUGGUGUCCAAGGAGUGCAUUCCGUACCUGAAGAAGAGCAACCACGCACACAUUCUGAACAUUUCACCGCCGCUGAACAUGAACCCGAUUUGGUUUGGAAACCAUGUUGCCUACACGAUGGCCAAAUACGGCAUGUCCAUGUGUGUCCUCGGAAUGGCCCGUGAAUACGCCAGUGCUAACAUCGCAGUUAACGCGUUGUGGCCACGCACUGCCAUCUACACUGCGGCGAUGGAGAUGUUGACCGGAAAGGAGAGUGACCAGUACUCGCGGAAGCCGGAAAUCAUGAGCGAUGCUGCGUACGCAAUCCUGUGCAAGGAACCAAAGUCCACCAAUGGAAACUUUUUCAUCGACGACGAAGUCCUCAAAGCAGCGGGAAUCAGCGACAUGAAGCAGUACGCGUGUGUCCCCGAGAAUGCGGACAAACUGAUGCCGGACUUUUUCCUGGACACACCACCAGAGCAGCUGGUCGAGUUUGCCGCCGAGGGAAGUCACGCCGCGUCGCUGAAGAAACCGGCUGCCAGCGGCAAAAUCGAGGGUCUCUUCCAGAAGAUCGAGUCGCUUCUGAGCGAAGAGAUUAUCAAGAAGACCGGAGCCGUGUACCAGUUCAACGUGAAGGGCGCAGAAGCCGGAGUGUGGUUCGCGGAUUUGAAGAAUGCCCCCGGCAGUGUUGGCAAAGGAGAACCCCCGGCGACGGCGGACGCUACGCUCACGAUGGACUCGAAGCACUUUUUCGACAUGUUCAGCGGCAAGCUGAAGCCGGCCAGUGCGUUCAUGACGGGAAAGCUAAAGAUUUCCGGCGAUCUGCAGAAGGCCAUGAAGCUGGAGAAGUUGAUGGGUGGACUGAAAUCAAAGCUUUAAGCUAGUAUUUUGUUUUGCUGAUGGAGGGGUUACAAAAGCAUGUGAAAAGGGCAAUUAUUAUAAUAAAUUCCAUUAUUUUUGGUAA